AUGACUACAUCUGCUAAACAUUUGAUGCAUCAUCGUCUUCAUCCUGAUUUCGUUGCUAAAUAUAGUCUCGGGGAAGAAUUAGGUAGUGGUGGCUUUGGAUUUGUGUUAUCUGCUUAUGAACGUCAAACAGGAAGGGAAGUCGCCGUCAAGUUCAUUUUCCGUGAAAAAGUCCCCUAUCAUUGUUGGGUACGAACGGAUCAAGGUGUAUUGCCUAUGGAAAUCUAUGUAUUGAAAAAUGUACAUCAUCCCAAUAUCAUUCAAUUCUUGGAUAAUUAUGAAGAUGAAAAGUUUUGUUAUUUGGUCAUGGAAUUACAUGGUACCCAAUGGGGUCCUCCUCCUCCUACUAUGACUUCACCACGGUCUCCUGCUUUAUCUCAAACAUCAUCGGAAGAUUCAUGGAAUUCCUCUUUGGAUUCACCUUUAUAUGAGGAGGAAGAUGUGUCACGAUUUACUCGACGUACCUCAUGUGAUCUUUUUGAAUGUAUUGAACGACAUCAUAAUUUUGAAGAACCUUUGGCCAAGAUGAUUUUCAAACAAAUUGUGGAAUGUGUUGCUCAUUUGGAUAAACUUGGGAUUUGUCAUCGUGACAUUAAAGAUGAAAAUAUAGUGAUUGACCAUGAAUUCAAGGUGAAAUUGAUUGAUUUUGGAUCAUCUGUCAUAUUACCUCGUCAUUAUGGACAAGCCAAUAAAACAUAUUUAUUUGAAAAGUUUUAUGGUACAGUAUCAUUUGCUUCUCCCGAGAUCUUGAUGGCCAAACUCUAUCGAGCGGAACCUGCGGAAAUUUGGUCAUUGGGUGUGUUACUCUAUACAAUUUUAUUUGGUGAAGUACCUUUUGCUGAUCCUCGUGCGGCAAUUGCUGGUCAAUUUGCUCAACCCAAGAUCAAGGUUUCUUCUAAAUGUUUACAUUUGAUCUCUUGUUUAUUGGAAAGGAAUCCUGACCAUCGACCUACUAUUCAUCAAGUCUUAAUGCAUCCUUGGUUACGUGAUUGA